AGCUCAUUGAAGCUUUAAUUAUCAUGCAACCAAAUCGUAUACACCCGACGUGAAAUUCACUGUUCACACCCAUCAAAGCUCCUGGUGAGGCAACAGCUAUUGUGGUACUGUUUUUUUUUUUCAUGGAUUGCUUUUACUCUUCAGAAAAACAAGAAAUGUCAAUCAUAGACCGUCUUCAAAAAAUAAUACUCCCUGAGAAGACUAGAAAUGGUACGUUCUUUGGAGACAUUGAAGAGAGCAUGGCUGCUGUACAAGGUCAUCUUGAUCGACUGAAGAACAUGGAGCUGUUUGUCGUGGACAACUCCUUGCGUGAGACGACUGUAGCUUCUCUUAGGGCACACACCAUCGAGAACAAGCGAGCUAUCUACGAGGAGAUCAAGAAGUGUGGGUUUAAGUACUUCGUCGUGGAGUCAUUCAACAACCAGGCCAGGAUUGGGGAUCUGUUCUUGAAAGAACUGAUUGAAAAGGGUGAAGAUCUUUCAAAUGCCUUUGCAUUCUCAGAACUGUGGGAGAGUAUUGUUGACAAAGUUCCCCAACCAGACAUCCCAAUUGGACUUCAAAAGUGUAAAAAGUUUGGUAUAAAUAAUGUCUUCCUUGAGUUUGACUUGGUGUAUUAUAAGAUUGAUUAUGAGAAGAUGAACAUGGAUGAGGUGUGCAAGUAUUUAAAAAAGAAGAUUGAUUGGAUCCGAGCGAAUCUCUCAGAAAAUUCCUUGAUCCUGCUAAAUUUCAGAGAUUUCACCGCAACGAUGUUACAACACCCUGAACGUGUCAGACAUAUGGUUAACUACCUCGCUAGUCUGCCAAAAAAAGAAAGGAUCCUGGGUGUAGCAUUUGAAGAUCUUGGGGCAGGUAUUCCUGAGCAGCUUGCAGCAUGGACACGUGCUGUCAAGAAUGAGAUGGAGAGAUGUGGAUGGAGAGAUGGACAGUUGUUGUUCCAUCAACACGAACAGUGGGGUUUAAUGCAUUCAGCUAAUCUGCAGGUACUUGCAUCAGGCGCUACUGGGAUGUGGGCGGGCUUGUGUAUUGAAGGUGCUUCACUUGGUCACGCUGAUACCUGCACUGCUAUACUAAAUCUUAUCAAACUUGGAAACCAGGCUGUACAGAAACAAUACAACUGCACAUACCUGAGAGAUGCAGCCAUCAAUGUCACCAAAGCGGUCACUGGUGGGGUAAAACCAAAUCCUAAGCAACCAGUCUAUGGUGAUAGAGCAACUGAUAUGGUGUAUGGCUUUAUAUUUUCGGACCCCACUGCAAAGGGUGGAUUUAACAUGGCAGAUUUCCUGGGUGUUAAGAGUGAAGUUAGGAUUACAAGCAUGGCGAAUGAUGAGAUGAUCCUGUUAAAACUAAAGGAUGUGUUUGGAGAAGACCCACAGUUCACACUUGAGAUUGUUGGAAAAAUGAAGGAACAGAUGCUAAAAAAUGCAACAGACGGCAGAAAGGAAGAAUACAACAGUAAGAUAGGACUAGCCAUGUUGUUCGACCAGGCUGGUGGGAAGAUGACGAAAGAAAUGGCGGAUAUUAUUGCCGAGGCCAAUAAGGCCUCAUCAUUCAUCAAUACUUUGAUAGCUGAGAUCAAAGUAGAGUUCGAUGAAUGGGAUGGGAGAGGAGGCGAAGAGAUCGACGACCAGCUCACAUUCGACCACUUCUACACCGGUUUUAUGUCACCUUACUUUGGCUGCUACCGAUGCAAAGACACUCAGCAAGGUUUGAGAGCUUUAGACAUGGAUUCUGAUGGUAUGAUUGACUGGUUCGAGUUCAGACACUUUCUGUUGUGGGCUGGUAGACAGCAUCCCAAUGUUAAAACUAGUCAAGAACUGCUUGAUAUUGCGUUUCGGGAUGGUCUUAUUCCUGCUAUGAAAGACGAAAUGGAUAAAUUAGAAUUUUAAACAAAUAAGCGGUUGAAUUUAUGAGCCCUUAAGACACUUAAUGAUAAACGAAAAAUGUAUACUUGUGAACAAGUAUGAGGUGGUCUGUGUUUUUGGAGAUAUAGACAAACGUCUGAACAAAGUUUUGACGUUCUGCUGAGGCAAGGUUGACGUGACCAAAUUCAAUUUUACAGUACCGUACUAAAACGGUGAUCAUUUUGUCAAAUUUGAAAAAUGUUUCCCAGUGAUGUUAUAAAGAAUGACUGUACGUAUAUAAUAUCAAAGAACUUAAAUAGCAGAAGAAUGUCUUAUUCCGCGUAUUUGCAUUAAAACUUUCGCCCUCCCGCGAGUUGGGUAAAAUUUGACCAUUUGACUAAGUGGAGAAACUGAGUGGCUCCUUUAAUAUUGAUAUAUAGCACCGCUGCGCGGACGGGGUAAAAUAUCUCUCCGUUCUCCCUUUCCAAUCAACGCGAAGCUGUUCUAUCUUCUGCAAUUUAUUAUCUUUGAUAAUAUUUAAAAUACAAAGUUUACAGAAAGCGCGCGCAGUUUUUGUGUGUACGCAUUUUGUAAGUCUAUGAAACCAUUCGGAACUAUUAUUCUUUACAAUUCAAUAAAGUUUUAUUUUCAAAAUA